AUGGUGAGAGUACUUGCUGCCAAACUAAUACUCAUAAGAGGGAAGAAGAAACCCUUGAAACUAAAAGAGCAUGUAUUAUACAAGGAUGUUUACAAAUUUACCCCAAACCAAAUUCGUCAACAAGAAAUUGAAGAGAAACUCAUAGAGGAAGAAACUGCUCGAAGAGUGGAAGAGCUUGUGGCGAAACGUGUAGAAGAAGAGUUGGAGAAAAGGAAGGAUGAGAUUGAGCGAGAGGUUCUGCGCAGGGUGGAGGAGGCUAAGCGCAUCAUGGAAAAACAGUUGCUCGAAGAACUCGAGCGACAGCGACAAGCUGAACUUGCAGCACAAAAAGCCAGAGAGGAAGAAGAGCGUGCAAAGCGUGAGGAACUAGAGCGAAUACUAGAAGAGAAUAAUCGAAAAAUUGCAGAAGCACAAGCUAAACUGGCUGAAGAACAAUUGAAAAUUGUUGAAGAACAAAGAAAGAUUCAUGAGGAGAGGAUGAAACUAGAACAAGAGAGACAACGUCAGCAAAAGGAAGAGCAAAAAAUUAUCCUGGGCAAAGGAAAGUCUAGGCCAAAACUGUCCUUCUCACUAAAAAGCCAGGAUUAAAUUGCAACUCUGAACUCUUAAAAGAAACAAAAAAAUCCCCACAAAAAAUAAAAAACACAACAACUUUGUAUGGUAGCUUCAUGUUGAAGUGUUUUUUUUUUCUCUCAAAUUUUUUUUUGUCUUUUUUUGAAAGUCUGGAAAGUUAGCUUGUUCUAAUAGGGGCUGUGCUCUGCAAUUCUUAAUUUUUUUUAAACUUCCAUUAAGUUAAACCCUUAUCAGAUCAUUGUUGCCUUUUAGAGGGUAAUCUGUUCUCAUCAAUUUUGUUUCUGUAUUAGUGGUCUGAAGCAGAUCAGGUCACUUUAUGAACUGUGGAUAAUCUGAUAAGGUUUUACUGACCUACUCUUCAGAGUUUGACUCUGAUAAUUGACAGAACUUUAUACUGGGUAUUACUGACUUUUAAUUAUUUUUUUUAAAGUCAGUAAAUACAUGAGUAAAUUGCCAUAGUAUUACUGGACCUCUGUGGUUUAUUGUUAAAUCAGUGUCCUAUGAUACUGUCCCAUUGUUGCGCUUGAUGUUCCUGAUACAGGUAAGGAAAUAGUUUGUCAUUUCUGCUAUGAAUACAUAGAGAGAGUUCAGUAUUGUCUCUGUUAGAUUUGUUUUUAUUACAUUGACAGCAUUCAACCAGCGUUCCCCAUUGUGUAAAUAAACCAAUUUGCUGAAUAAAGUGAAAGUCUUAAAUUCA